UGUACCGCCCCUAACUUCCUUCUGUUAGGGGGAAAACACUUUCGUUUUCUCAAGUUGAAGCUACUUCAAAACGGGUUUACCCCGGCAGAUAAAGGAAAUAAAAAAAAUCCUGAUAGAUAUUAGUACCGUUUGAAUAGACCACCUGAAAUCGUGAGUUUAGCAGAUUAUCCUCAAAAAUGGACGAAAACAUCCCAGAAGAAGAGCCGCGGGAGCGAUGCAAAGAGGCGCUGUUUGUGGAUGACAAAUCAGCCGAGCUCAUUCAAAGGGUCACUGCAGUGAUGGCAAUAGCAGAUGAACUGAGGACCAAGGACAUAAUACAUGGUGAAAAAUAUGAAGAGAUCAAAGCAGAAAAAACUAACCAGGAAAAAAUGAGAAGGCUUUUUGAAUCACUAAAUUCUGGAGGAGACGAUGUCAAAAGAGUAUUUUAUUAUUUGCUGGAAAAGCACGAGCCACACCUCUUCAAAGACCUGGGUGGUUUCAACAGGAAACGUAAGCAAGAUGAAAAUCUUGAUGAUCCAGUGCCAAGUAAAAGAUUUAAUACUGGGAGUAAUAAUUACCAUACUCACAAUUAUAACAAUGCUAGUAACUCAGCAGCAGAACCAGCGCCAACAUACAAAGUGACCCACAUUAUUAAUCAAAGCAUUCCUCCUAAUAACAUGGACAAUGUUGCCAUCAUAAAACCCAUUGUAAUGACCCCCUGGACUCCUGCAUCCGAAAGAGAGAAAAAACUUUCUGCACCCAACAAAGGGAAGAAACAUCCUGCUCUUGUACAGAGAAAGUUUCCUAAUCCGGUGCAAGUAAAUAAACCUCCAAAGAAAGAGAAGAAAUCUGCAACCAAACAGGAGAAGCCUCCUGCCCCAAAGAAAGAGAAGAAGUCUCCUGCUCCCAAAAAAGAGAAGAAGCCUCCAGCACCAAAGAAAGAAAAUAAAUCUCCUACAUCCAAAAAGAACAAGCCUCCUGCCUCAAAGAUAGAGAAUAAAUCUCCUGCACCCAAAAAAGACAAGCCUACUGCACCAAAGAAAGAGAAGAAGGCUCCAGCACCAAAGAAAGAGAAGAAGCCUCCAGCACCAAAGAAAGAGAAGAACCCUCCAGCACCAAAGAAAGAGAAGAAGCCUCCAGCACCAAAGAAAGAGAAGAAGCCUCCAGCACCAAAGAAAGAGAAGAAGCCUCCAGCACCAAAGAAAGAGAAGAAGCCUCCAGCACCCAAAAAACAGAAACCUCCAGCUCCCAAAAAACAAAAGCCUCCUGCACCCAAAAAACAAAAGCCUCCUGCACCCAAAAAACAAAAACCUCCUGCACACAAGUGAGUGUGCUGUUUGGUGUGAGUGGUACUGAGUGUCACCUGUGCGUCACACCAGUCUCGAGUGCAAUGGACGAGCUCUGGAAGAUAAAAGGUGGAGAGAUGACAGUGGAAGAUGAGACAGGACCAGGGGGCUGAUUCAUAAAGGCUGUUUAGAAAAGCAGGGAUUGAAGUCCACAACCUGGGGUUCGUUCUUCGUACCUCGCUUAAGUGAUCUAAGACGAUUUGGCAGAUCCUGGAUCUUUUUAUCUUGAUAACUGAUCUCUGGCUAAUUUGGUUCUUCAAACAAGUUCAUGAAUCAGAUUAAAAUGUCUGGAUGAACUGAUCUGAGAUCGCUGCGUGUGUUGUGAAGGACAGAUCUAUUGAUCCUCAAAAUCAUGAUCAGCAAUGCAACGAUUGGCUGACGGCACAGCAGCGUAAUGACAUCAUCUGAUUAAUAUUCAAUUGCCAAAAUUACAUAAAAUUCAUAGUAAACGGUUUGUUAAAUAUAAUACGCAAUAACUUUACACAUUUGUUGUGGGCUGCAAGCUUUACACUUUCACGUGUCUAGAGUAUUUAGUGAUCUUAUUUAGUUUUACGUUUUAGAUCGGAUUUUCUUUAUUAUAGUAGCCUAGGCCAAUUAAAGUUUCUCAAUCGGCGCUAGGAAUCUCAAUAAAUUUUGCAUCAAAAAGCAUUUUGAUAUCGGUAAAGGUGUCUGCAAGUUUUGCGAAGCAUGAAAUCACCGCCAUUUUAGCUGUCAAAACGUGCAUGACUGCAUAAAUUAUUAUUCCUUUAUAAAAAACAACAACAAACAAUCAAAAACAGUCGAAUAUUGUUCAUACCUAUUAUCACACACAAAUUGUAUUAAAGGUGGUACCUUAAAAUAGUGCGUUUGUGUCUAAAAAUUCCAUAAUAAAUGUUUUCUUUGAUCCCCUUGGGGAGAACCACUCCGUUUUUGUACUUUUAUUUCAGAGUGCAGAUUGCAUGUUUUUUUUAUAUAUAUAUAUUUUAGCUUAUAUGUAUAUAAACAUAAAUAUGAUUAAAUAUUUAAUAUUAUUAAUUAUUAUAAAUUAUAAAUGUAAAUUUUUUAUUAUUUUACCAUUUUCCCAAGUGUAUAUAACCCAUAGGUUACUACUGUAAGAAAAUAUCAGCAUACUUUCAGCAUCGCCUGUAUAACUAUUGCUAUGACAACAACUCUCUAAUGAGAUCGAAAACAAAACGAUCCUGGAUCAUGUCAAAUCGUCAAUAACCAAAUCCAGAUAAUUAAGUAAAAAUAGGAAGAACGGACCCCUGACCUGAAUGAGCCGAACUAAACAACUGCACUUAUAUGGGUUUCAUAACAGUAAGUCUAGAUAAAUGCGUGUGUAACCUAUUGUUAUAAAUCCUAAAGGUCAAGCAUGGAUUAAAAGCCAUUAUAAAACAAUUAUAUAUACAGGGGUUGGACAAUGAAACUGAAAUGCCUGGUUUUAGACCACAAUAAUUCAUUAGUAUGGUGUAGGGCAGUGUUUCCCAACCCUGUUCCUGAAGGCACACCAACAGUCCACAUUUUCAACCUCUCCCUAAUCAAACACACCUGAAUCAUCUUAUCAUAACAUCAGAAGAGACUCCAAAACCUGAAAUGAAUGGGUCAGAUAAUGGAGACAUCCAAAAUAUGUACUGUUGGUGUGCCUCCAGGAACAGGGUUGGGAAACACUGGUGUAGGGAAGGAGUGCUUAAUCUUGUUCCUGAAGAUCUACCUUCCUGCAGACUUUAGUCCAACCCUGAUCAAACACCACUAUACCAACUGAAAAGAAUCUGAUGAAACACUUGGUAAUUAAAGACAGGUAUGUUUGAUCAAGGUUGCACCUGAAGUCUGCAGGAAGGUAGAUCUCUGGGAACAGGGUUGGGAAAUCCUGGUGUAGGGCCUCCUUUUGUGGCCAAUACAGCAUCAGUUCAUCUUGGCAAUGGCAAAUACAAGUCCUGUCACUACAGAUCACUAAGUGAUGCUGGUAGAGGAAAGUGUUUCCUGACUCGCUCCUUCUAAAGUGGCUCAAUCAUGUUUUGAUCUGGUGACUGUGCAGGCCAUGGGAGAUGUUAAACUUAACUAUUUUAUUUUUCAAACCACUCUGUCACCAGUCUUGCUGUGUUUAUUGGUGCAUUAUCAUCCUAAUACAUGGCACCGCCUUCAGGAUUCAAUGUUUGAACCAUUGGGUGCACAUGGUCCUCCAGAAUGGUUCGGUAUUCCUUGGCAGUGAGUGAUGUGCACAUGGGCAUCCAACAGUCUGGGUUGUACGCUUUUUUGAGCUUCUCCACCCUUAUCUUUCUUGGUGGUAUGCUGAUUUUACCCUGGAUACUGUGGCUCUUGAUCACAAAGACUUGCUGUCUUGGUCACAGAUGCGCUAGCUAGAUGAGCACCAACAGUUUGUCUACUUUUGAACUCUGAUAUGUCACCCAUAACGUUGUGUGCAUUGCAAUUUUUAAGCAAAAGUGUGUGCUGUUACUCUGCUAAUUAAACCUUCACACUCUGCUCUUAAGCUGCGGUCACACUGGACUUUUCUCCCCAUAGACUUCCAUUCAUACGCCCGCGAAUGCGUCAGACCGGAAACACAAGCUCAUGCGUCAAGUUUCGCAGUUCGCUGCGUUGCAAAGUUCAAGCUUGGUAAAGUCUGACCUGCGAAAUCACAUCACUUGACUGCGUGAGACUAAUCGAGGACCAAAACAUGACCUCUCUGGACAGAAAUGUAAAAUAUGGACCAAUUGCUCGCUUUUUUAAAUGUCUAAUCAUCUUGUUUAAUCCCGCCCCUUUUCUCAACGCCGAAACAGAAUUUCACAUGGUCAAACUCUAGUGUGACCACAGCUUAACUAGGGGAUUGUCCUAUCAAUGAAGAUUGGCCACCAGGCUGCUGAAAUUUAGCUGUUAAACCCCCAACACUAAAUUGUUUCAGUUUCAUUGUCCAACCCCUGUACAGUUAUUAUUUCCCAGUAGGCUAUGUAAGUUGCCAGAGUAAUUGAUUUUGAACUAUUGUAAGUAUGAUUUAUAAAACAGAAUUUUCCAUUAAUAGGCUUGACUUGCCAAAAUAAGCCUGGCUUAUUCUCUAAUCUUGUUUUAUGGAACAGCCCCCAGGUCUCCGUUAAUUUGUGUAAGAGUUUUGUAUCCAUUUGUAUGGCAGUCGUCCAAGACUGGCAGCCUUGUUUUAUAUUUUUGUUAAGUGUUUAACAUAUAUGAUUAAACUUUUUGUUAAUCA